AUGAAUUUGUUGGCUACAAAAGUACCUCACAUCAAACCAUCCCUAGAAGUGGUUGGAAUGCGGUUCAAUAUGGCGCAUGAGUGUCAGAGUACAGGGCUUGACUACCAGUGCGAGGAUACACUGACUGUUCAUCGACUCAUCUCCGAAUUGGAGGCAGUUACAUUCGACUCACAGCAGCGGGGACAUUAUUUGAGGGAUGAUCUGGAUAGUAUUAUAGACAUCAUUACAGGCUUGUCAGAGACUUUGAAUAAUGCGAAGCUGUGUGUGAGUAUGGCUGCCAUCCAGAGGGACAAUUUUAACAUGGUGGAGAUCAUCGCCAAGUACUAUCAGAUGGAAACCAGAUGGGUAAUUCAUUCCUGUCUAUUGCAUUUAAUAGAGAUCAUUUGUAGGCUAAAUCCUACGGCAAUCCAAGAGUUUUUAUACUCAGAGCUGCCUCAGGAGAUGGUAGCAGAGAUGCAGCAGCAUCAGAAUGAUGAUGCCAGGUUUUUGCAAGUAGCCAAGACACUGGGGAUCAUAUUUAUGAAAGGACUACCAUCCCCACACAAGCUAGCCUUGACAAUGGACAUUCCGUUUUUCAUCUGGCUGCUGGGAAUGACAGAAAGCAUGGCGGAGAUGAACAGACCCAGUGAUGUGGACAUGCUGCUAGCUCUGGUGUGUGCCUACCACCUGCAGCACGAGGAGGACUCUCAGAACCCUGUCACUGAAGCCCUGAAGAUGGCCCACGGGCAUGCGUUGCUGGAGUCAGCCCUCAUUUACCUAUCCAAGCAUGAUGACCCAACAAAGUUGCUGGAGUCGAGCAUGGAACCCAAGCUGAACUCUGUGGUCUUGCUUCUCUCACACUUGUUUGACAACCCAGACACAGCUGACCUGCUUUACACAAAUGAUGUGGAGGCCCUCAUUGGAAUAUUUGAGGAAUUCCUCCGAGAUCUAACCAGGGAUGACCCACUACGAACACAAAUGCUGCAUCUGUUGGAAAACUUCAUGCGGAACUACCCUGACACCGUAUCCAUGAAGGGAUCUCUGAGCAAGCGGCUGGGUCCCCUGUUGCUCAACAUCAGGGAGGAGAAGGGCAAGUGUGGAGAGAUGGCCGCACAGAUUCUUGACGACAACAGUAUUAUUUUUGAUGAUGUUUGA